AUGUUUUCUUCCAUAAUUGAUGUGUUGGAUGAAAUAGCAUUUGAUAAAGUGAGUUCUGAUCAGAAGCAUGAAGCUUUUAUUUCUUUGAAGUUGCUGCAAUCAUUUGAUUUCAUAUUCAGUUUGCAUUUGAUGAGAAUUAUAUUUGGAAUCACUCAUGAGUUAUCACAAGCACUACAAAAAGAUGAUCAGGACAUAGUGAAUGCUAUGGAUUUAGUGAAAGUAUGCAAGAGAAAAUUCCAGACUUUUAGGGAGAGUGGAUGGCUUUCUUUAUUUGAGCAGGUUGUUCUAUUUUGUGGAAAAGAGAAUAUUAGUGUUCCAAACAUGGAUGAUCAAUAUGUAUGUCCAGGAAAAUCAAGGUGUAGAGCUCCUGAAAUGACAAAUAUGCAUUACUAUCGCUUUGACUUCUUUUGUGCAGUAAUUGAUUUCCAACUUCAGGAGCUAGAUAACCGUUUCAGUGAGGCUUCUACUGAACUUCUCCUUUGUUUGGCAUCUCUAAGUCCUAAUUAUUCAUUUGCAACUUAUAAUAAGCAAAGUUUGAUGCGUCUUGCUGAGCUUUAUCCUCAUGAUUUUUCUGCAUCAGAGUUGUUGUUGCUAGAAUGUCAGUGA